UAUGUCAUGUUGCACCAUUUUGUAUUUUGUAAAUUUGUAAGCUAGAUUUCGCUUUUUUUAUGUGUAAAAUAUUAUUGAAAUAAAUAAAACCAGGUUUAAUCAAAUGGAAGUAAAACAGGAAUUUAGUGAAGACACCUGUAAAAUAGAAAUAUUAUCUAAUGAACUGGAUGAUGCAUUUUUAGAUUUUAAAAAUGAAAUUAAAGAGGAGUCCAAUGGUGAUAAUACAUUAUUUGAUGAUUUAAACUUGAACCAAUUCUCCUUGAACACGAAGGUAGAAGAUAAUAUUAAACCUCCAUUUGAAGAGAAACAAACAAAGGAAAAGGGCUUUCCUCAAGAUAAUGACACUUUGGAAAUUACGAAAACAAUAGACAUACAUUUAUGUAAUAAGAAACAAACUAUGAGACGAUCUUCUGAAGACAAAACAUUAAAAGCUGAAAUUUCUGCAAAGCAAAUUUCUGGAACAAGUUCUUUCAAUAAAUACAUAAAAAUUCAGUCAGGAGUUAAACUUUACAAGUGUGGAAUUUGUAUUAAGAAUUUUACUCAUAUAGCCGAUUUCGAUGCCCAUAUGACAAGUCACGCAGGAGAAAAUAUGUACAAGUGUGAUAUUUGUUUUAAGCAGUUUAGUCAAACAAGUAAUUUGAGAACACAUAUGAAAGUACACACUGGAGACAAACCUUACAAGUGUGAAAUUUGUUUUAAGCAGUUUACUAAAAAAUUUUCUUUAUAUACGCAUACAAAAAUUCACACUGGAGAAAAACCUUAUCAGUGUGAGAUUUGUUCAAAACAGUUUGUUCUAAAAGCUUCUUUAACUAGUCACAUGAUAAUUCACACUGGAGAAAAACCUUAUCAGUGUGAGAUUUGUUCAAAACAGUUUGUUCUAAAAGCUUCUUUAACUAGUCACAUGAUAAUUCACAACAAAGAAAAUCCUCACAAGUGUGAAAUUUGUUUUAAGCAGUUUUCUACAACAUGUCAAUUGAAAGAACAUUUGAGAGUGCACACUGGAGAAAAACCCUACAAGUGUGAAAUUUGUUUUAAGCUGUUUUCUCGAACAAGUCAUUUGAAACAACAUUUGAGAGUGCACACUGGAGAAAAACCCUACAAGUGUGAAAUUUGUUUAAAGCAAUUUACUAGCACAAGUCAUUUGAAGAGACAUUUGAGAGUGCACACUGGAGAAAAACCCUACAAGUGUGAAAUUUGUUUUAAGCGAUUUUCUGAUGCAGUCACUUUAAAACAACAUAUGAGAUUGCACACAGUCGAAUAACAUUAAUUACAAUUGAGGUGUGCCUCUCACCCACGAUUUGGCUCUAGAGGUGUUAAAUGAUGGUAACUAGUCCGAAAUAGAAGAUUGAGAUGGCGAAAAUGAUGUUGCUUUUGACGUUCAAAUGUUUAAAAAUAACACCGAUGACAAGGAUAUUGAAGAAACUCUAUUAGAUGAAGAACCUGUUUCUUCAAUGAGCUCUUCUUCAGGAAGGAGGCAAUGGAAAAACAUGACAUUUCAGCAAAAAAUUUUUGUUCUAUUUUAGUUAGUAUGUAAUAGCAUAUUAAACAAUUAUAAAAAUAAUUUUUAUUUGGCCCUAAUGGUGUUUUACGUUUAAUAAAAAUGAAUUUUUUCAUACA